AUGGCCAAGAAAGAAGAGUCGUCGCCUUAUGGCGAUGUCGAAGCUCAAGAUGCCAUUUCUGUUGCUGCCGCCCCCGUCAGCGCCUUCGACAGUUACGAUGCUCAAAAAGCGGAAAACGAGCAGCAACAUAUCGGCACGCUGGAUCGCCGCCUCAAAGCUCGCCAUGUCCAAUUUCUUGCUCUUUCUGGAGCCAUCGGCACGGGUCUCUUCGUCGGCAGCGGGCAGGUCCUUUCUUUAGCAGGUCCUCUCUCUGCAUUUCUAUGCUACAUCAUCACGGGCUUCAACCUGUACUGCGUAAUCAAUAGUUUGGGCGAAAUGGCCGCCUGGCUGCCGAUUCCGGGCGCAGUACCGGUUUUCGCUUCUCGGUUUGUCGACCCGGCGCUGGGAUUCACGUUGGGAUGGAAUUACUGGUAUCAGUUUGCUAUUGGUGUGCCGAUUGAGGUGUCGGCUUGUGCCAUCAUUGUGGACUUUUGGCCAAACGACGUGCCCAAAGCUGCGCUUAUCACCGUCUUCUUUGUUGCCAUGAUUAUUGUUAAUUGUCUUCCCGUACGGAUAUAUGGAGAAGCCGAGUUUGCAUUUGGAGCCAUCAAGUUGACUACCAUCAUCGGGCUGAUCCUCCUCAUGUUCAUCAUCACGGUGGGCGGAUCUCCAUCUGGAGACCAAAUCGGCUUUCGAUAUUGGCACCACCCGGGUCCGAUGAACGCUUACUUGGAAGGCGGUGCGCUGGGCCGCUUUCUGGCCUUUUUCAAAGUCUUCAUCCAAGCCACUUUUGCCUAUGGCGGCAGCGAGAUUGUGGUAGUCGCAUCAGGCGAGACAAAAGACCCACGGCGAAACAUCAAGCGCUCUGUCCGACGAGUGUUCUGGCGCAUUUUGCUUUUCUACGUGCUUUCCAUCUUCCUCGUUGGACUUUGCGUCUCAUCUGAGGACCCUAACUUGCUCAAUGCCAUCAAUAGCUCUGCUCCCGGCGUCGGCGCGAGCCCCUUUGUCAUCGCUAUCAAGAACGCAGGCAUCAAAGUUCUCCCUCACAUCAUCAACGCAGUCGUACUAUCUUCUGCCUGGUCUGCCGGCAACUCGUUCUUUUACGCCUCCACGCGAGUGCUCUAUUCAGCUGCUUUGGAUGGCAAGGCGCCUGCCAUCCUCAAGUACGAAAAGUUUGGCGUGCCGUAUGCCUGUGUGGCCUUGACAACCGCGCUGAGCUGCUUGGUCUACCUCAACGUCAGCAAUCAGUCUUCUGAGGUCUUCUUCUGGAUCAGCAACCUCAGCGCCGUCAGUACCCUCAUAGUCUGGGCCAGCGUAUCCUUCAUAUACCUCCGUUUUUAUUACGCUCUGAGAUACAAUGGCAUCGACCGUGAUACUUUGCCUUACAAAUCCCCGUUUCAGCCGUUUCUGGCGUAUUUUGCACUAGUUUUUUGUCUUGUGAUUGCGCUGUUUAAUGGAUUUGACUGCUUCUUCCCCGGCCGAUUUAGCGCAAAGUCGUUUAUCCCGCCAUAUAUCGAUAUUCCCAUUUUCUUAUCCUUAUUUUUCGGCUAUAAACUCGUCAAGAAGACAAAGUUUGUUGGAUUGGCAGAGAUGGAUCUCUGGUCAGGCAAGGCCGAGAUUGAUAGAUUAGAGUCAACGUGGGUAAAGCCAGUACCAAGAAAUUUCCUAGAGAGGAUAUGGUUCUGGAUUGCCUAA